CGCUACUUCUGUAAACAUGGCCGCGGCGUCGUCUGCAGAAACCGACCGCUCGCAGGAGUAAAGCGGCUCAGUCAGCGGGGAAAAGGAGAUUAAACUACACAUGGAGCCGCGCUUCGGAGCCCCCAGCCGUCUUUUCUGAAGGAGAUGCGGACCGGGACGACCUGCAGAAGUGCGUGUUUCCGUUAGACCGCCAGAGCGCAGCGGGGAAAGUUGAGGCGAGCGGAGUUUGACAGCCAACUUGCUGAAGAGCUAAUGCUAACAGGGCUAGCCGACCAACGGCUGGAAGCAGGAGAGGCGGGUUUGAGCGAUUUGGGCGAGUUUAGCUCCGCGAACUUCAUGUGUUUGACAAUGAAUGAAGACUCGGUCUGUUUCUAAAGCUGAGGCAGGGAGGUCGAGGCAAGCUGCUGCCCCGAACAACACCGCAGUUUUAAAGUCUGUCCUGCUGAAAAUCGGCGGCUUCUGCCUCGGAUUUCUCCAGCCGCCGUUUGAAGUGGGGGUGAGUGUCGGUCUGCUGGCUUCACGGACGCACCUAGCAACAUGUUUUCUACCAAAACUCCUCCCAAACCAACGUUUAAGUCCUACCUUCCUCCACUUCAGACUGAUUUGAAGAAAACGCCUCAACUGCCCAUCAAGAAACUUGAGGCCAGACUCCUACCAGGGGAGAUUGUGGUGAAUGAAGCGAACUUUGUGCGGAAGUGCAUCGGGGCGGACAGCAGUCAGGACGACCUAUGGGGGAAGCUCAUCUGCACCAACUUCAAAGUGUCCUUCAUUACCCAUGAUUCCCUGCCACAACAGAGGUUCCAGUGCACCCAUCGGCUGCUGGGAGAGCACGACAUCCCUCUAGCGUGUGUGGAGCAGGUUGUAACUGUAAAUGAUGCUAAGGGUAAGCAGAAGAUCCUGGGCUGCAAUAAGAAGCUGAAGUUCAACCCCACUGAAUUGAUACUGUACUGCAAGGACUUUCGCAUCGCUCGGUUCCGCUUUGAUGAGGCCGGGCCUGAGAGUGCUAAGAAGGUCUGCCUCGCCAUCGCCCACUACUCUCACCCAGCUGACACCCAACUGCUGUUUGGAUUCGAGUACGUUGGCACUCGCUUCUACAGUUCCUCAGGUGAGAGGGUGAACGGCGUGGACCCGGGUGGGGGGUUGCAGACUCCCCUGUUUGACUGCUCGUCUGACUGGGACAGAGAGAUCAAACGCACAGGAGCCUCAGAGUGGAGGGUGUGCUCCAUCAACGAGGACUAUCUGGUCUCCCCCAGUCUCCCAGAGUUCUUUGUGGUUCCCUCUUCUCUGGCGGAUCAGGACUUGAAGCAGUACGCCUGUUACUUUAACUCUCAGCGCAUCCCAUUAUGGUGCUGGAAUCACUCCAAUGGGAGCGCCCUGGUUCGCAUGUCCAGCAUCACUGAGCCGCAGCAGCAGAGGAAGCUAGAUCAAAGGAUUUGCAGUGCAAUAAUCAAAAGCCACCCGCUGCGCAGCGACGUCCUGAAGACGGACUUGGAUAAGAUUCUGCCAAACAUCCAGGAGAUCCAGACUGCCCUGGUGAAGCUGCGGCAGAUCUGUGUGAUUGAUCCCUUUGAGGAGUCGGAGGAGAAGUGGCUGUCGUCCAUGGAAAGUUCGCGAUGGAUGGAGUAUGUGAGAGCGUUUUUGAAGCAUGCGGUGGAGGUGAUCUACAUGCUGGAGGGGAAACAAGCCUCCGUCAUUCUGCAAGAAGAAGAGGACAGGGAUCUGAGCUGUGUGAUCUCGUCGCUCGUGCAGGUGAUGUGCGACCCUCACUGCCGGAGUUUGGCAGGUUUUCAGGGUCUGGUGCAGAAGGAGUGGGUGAUGGCUGGCCAUCGCUUUCUCGACCGCUGCAACCACUUGAAGAAGAACGACAAGGAGGAGUCUCCCCUGUUCCUGCUGUUCCUGAACUGUGUCUGGCAGCUGAUGGAGCAGUACCCAGCAGCUUUUGAGUUCACGGAGAUGUACCUGAUAAUGCUGAGUGACAGCAUGUGGGUCCCUGUGUUCAGCACCUUCCUCUUUAACUGUCCCCGCCAGAGGGCAGAACACAGCAGGGAUUUUGCCCUCAGUAAGAGUAUCUCCUUGGGGAAGGACCAGUCUCUGCGCUUCCCGCCUGUCUGGGAUUGGUCGCAGCAGUUCAGCCUGAAAGACCAGGCCCUCUUCAACAACCCUCUGUAUGUGGGCAAGAGCGCCCCCUGUGUGCACAAUGGCACAGUGCGGACAUUUGCACAUAGAAGAAGCAAGAGAAACUACAGCUCCACACUGCGAGGUGUUCCCUCAGUUCUGCGGAACGGUGCUCUCGGCGACCACGACACACUGACACGGCGCAACUCUCUGAUGCCGCGGCUCCGGCCGGACCUAGCUCAGUUACGGGAGCAGCAGGAAAGCCCUGCCGAGCGCUUCCUGCAGGACUGGCUGUCUCGGCCGGCCGACCCACAGGGCCUACUUCUGCCGCAGCUCCUGCCCUCACAUCUGCCCCUCUGGAAGCUGUACUUCCUGCGCUGGGUCCCCGAGGCACGCAUCCCCCACGGGGGACCUGCGACCACCUUCCACAAGCUCUCCAUGCUGGCUGAUGAGAUAGAAAUGCUUCAGAACCAGCUGAGGCAAUACCAAGGAGGGGGGACUCCGGCCCUCACCCCCAGCGUCCCUCGGACAGAGCCCAGCAGAAUGUACUUUAAGGCGGGCUCGUCUCCCUGUGAGUCGUCCCCUGCUCCUCCAGAGUACCUCAGCUCGUCCUUUCCUUUCUCCCCCGUGGGGAACCUGUGCCGCCGCAGCAUCCUGGGCACCCCCCUCAGCAAGUUCCUCAACGGAGCCAAAAUCUGGCUCUCCACCGAGACACUGGCCAAUGAAAGUCUCUGAAAUCACACAGGAUGUCCAGAGGCUACCAUCUGCCCAUGGUACACUGGCCCAGUCAGGGAUUUUAAGCUGUGAUGGCUAUAGAGAUGGAAAUCUGGGUUAUUGCUGUAGUCAAGGAGUCCAAAAUCACUCAACUCUAACAUGACAGCAGAACUGGGGUGUUUUUUGACAGGCUUUUCUGAUGACUCAUGUUAAGAAAAACGGAAAACUAAUUGGAGAUCUACCAGCAUGGAGACUUUAGAUCCAGCACAUCUGGCUCUAAUAUUCAGAUGUUGAAGGACUUCUUUACCUGGAUCAGUUGUGUUAGAGUUGGAGCUGAAUUCUCCAGGCCAGGAUUGGACACCCCUGUUCUAGAAUAUGUACCCCGUUCUCCUUGUUCUAGAGUGUUCUAACACCACUUCAUUUGGUUUAUCAUUUAUUUUUCUGAUCAUCUACAAAUCUGGUUGUGGCUGAAAUUUGAUUCCCAUCUCCUCAUAAGCAUCAUGAUGUAUUGGGGUGAUGUAGUUGACCCCAUAUACUCCCAUGUAGUUUCUUCAUUGUGUUAUUUUAAAUGAAUUUGAAUACUUUAUCAUCAGACUGCAUCACUAUUCACCAGUUGCAUAAACAGGCCAUCCUUCAUUGGCUUAAGAGGGGCUGAACUUUAAGCUGUAAGCUGAUGCCUAACAUCCUGAAAAGUACAAAGGAGGAUGGAAAAAGUACAAAAUGAGUUUAGAUGACACCUUGAAUUCUUGCUUUUAGACUGAAGCAGCCUGCAGUUACCAGUUAUCACUUUAUUAAAGGGGUUAAUUAAUACGUUUUAUUAAGGGGUUAAAACGAGAAGGCUGCUGAUUUUGCAGUGCUUCUCCAGAGAGCCGAGUGAGUCUGAGACGUUUCAUUUUCAGUGGUUCAGCAGCUGCUGUUAAUGUCCACUAACAUUCCUCAGUCUGUUGUGUACUAACAAGAUAUGCAAUGCAUUUUGCUCCAUAUUCCGCUGAUGUAGUGAUAUACAGCAAAGAGUAGAUUGUGGGGUUUUUAUAGUGCCUUCAAAACCACUAUCCUAUGGUUUGGACACCAUGAGAAAAUGGCCCAUAAUACUCAAUAUUGCCUUAAAAUUCAAAUAGAGAUUCUUUUUAGUGACAGCCUGGAGAACUUUCUAGAACAAUGUGAAUGAGGGAUGAGCUUUCUAGAACAGUACAAAUGAGGAGAGAGCUUUCUAGAGCAGUGCGAAUAGAGAAAAACGUUCUCCCAACCACCCCAAAACACCCAACAAACAUCCCCAGGUGUGGUGUGCAAACCCACCGUUUAGAUUUUGGUGGUGUUUGUCUGAGAACUCUGAACUUAGUAAGCAUCAGUAAACCAGAUGCUGGGUUGGUGCACCUCACUGGAAGGCCUUUGAGUUUCAGUGUUCUGGGGUCAGAAGGGGACAGUGAAAAUGGUAGCUUGCCUAUGGUUGAGGUUGUGGUUGUUGAAUUGUGUGCGUGUGGACACAGCUUGAAUAUCUGGGUCUUGGGCUUCAGCGGUUUUAUUGCUGUGCGUUUUGAUUUACUGAAGCUCUUGUGAUUGUUCAGUCUGUUGUCCAGGCUUAUACGUCCACCCAUGCACCAUAAUUGUUUUUUUUUUCUUGCACAAGAUUAUCUAUAAGGCUCAAUCCGCACAUGUUUUUCAGAGUUUGAUAAAGUUUCACUCCUUCUAAGCUGCCAAUACUGAUCCUUUUUUUUUUCUCUUGGAAAAUAUUUCCUGGUUUGUGCAGAGGUGUGGCAUUAUGAGGAAGGUAGGACUGUAAAUGAAAUCUGUGGUAGAGAAUCCUUUAACGCUUUAAUUUUAGCAUGUAUAGUUAUAUAGUUCUAUAGACUUUUCAAGGGCCUUCUGGUAAGGUCAGACUAGCUUUGUUGUAAAAUGAAUAACCAAAAAUUGUGAAUUAUGUGGGUAAUGUCAGGGAUUCCCCACACUAACCCCAAAACGCAGGUGAUAACUGUGCACUCGCAGUGAUCUCUCACUCAGGCUGGGCCUGUGUGUUAGAUUCCUCCCCAUAGAAGCACAGAAUGGCUGCUCAAAGUGACUGAAUACUGCUGGCGCCGGUCAGCUGGUUGAUUUGGCUCAGCAGUGGAGUGCACAGUAUCCUGACAGGCACAUAGUGAAUUAGCAUUAAAAUAGUUUAGAAAACUGAGAAUUUUUGAAAAGUAGGUUGAGGGUUCUUUUGUCAAACAGCACUUCUUACCUCUUUUUGUUAGGUUAAAGGGCCCAUAUCGUAGAAUUUUUAUUCCUUCUAAUUUUUUAUUCCUUCUAAUUUUUACACUGUACACUGUUAAAGUUUCAUGUUGUACUGUUCAUUCCCCAGUCCAUACGGUCUUGAAGGGGAAUUCAACCAACUUUUCAAAAUUUCUGUAGAAUUCAGUGGUUGAUAUAUUAACAAAGUCAUUCAGAGUGGCUUGAUGUGAAAGUUCUUUGGCAGAGAAACUUGUAGACUCAUUUCUUUACAGUGGUGGUGGUGGGAACCAGGGGUCCUGAGGUCUACAGUGCAAAUAUAGCCUUUUUAUAUACCAUCCAAACCACUAAAAGCUAAAACAUCCAUCCAUUUUUCUAAGCCGCUUCUCCCUCAAGGUCGCGGGGGGGUGCUGGAGCCUAUCCCAGCGGUCAUCGGGCGGAAGGCAGGAUACACCCUGGACAGGUCCCCAGUCCAUCGCAGG